AUGUCGUCAACAACAACAGCAGUAUCAGAUAAUGAUAUAUUUUCUAGUGUCUCCAUGCCUGUCACCGUAGCUUUGACAGGCACCUUCAUCUUUGUAAUCGUCGCCGGAUUCCUCUCUCUCUUCUUCUGGAGAUGUCUUCUGAAUCGCUUGUUCUCAGCUUGGACUCAUCAGCGAACGCCUUACGGUGACCUAAUCCACGUGGCAAGUCCGCCUGAAAACACCGGCCUCGACCCAUUCAUCAUCCGGUCUUUCCCUCUGUUCCCAUACUCAUCCGCGGCGAUGAAAAACCACGGUGGAGAAUGUGCCAUCUGCUUGUCAGAGUUUUCAGACGAAGACACCAUUAGGCUCAUAACGGUUUGUCGUCAUGGGUUCCAUUCAAACUGCAUUGACCUUUGGUUUGAGUUACACAAGACUUGCCCUGUUUGUCGGUGUGAGCUAGACCCUGGACUGGUCGGAUCUGGAAGAAGCCAUGAAUCUUUGCACAACACUGUCACAAUCACUAUUCAGGACUUAAACCAUGACGAGGAAAAUCCUCCUACUAGUACCAGCUCAAGCAAAAGGGUCAUGGAAGCUCCGGUUUGGCGAUUCUCGAGGUCACAUUCUACCGGACAUUUCAGGGUUAAGACGACGGAUGUGAGUGUGAAGAUCAAAAGAAAACAUUACCAAACAGGUCUCACGUUUGAGCCAAACCCUCCUACAACUAGCUCAAGUAAAAGGCUUGUGGAAGCCUCGGCAAGGCGAUUCUCGAGAUCGCAUUCUACUGGACAUUUCAUGGUUAAGACUACGGAUGUCAACGUGAAGAUCAAAGGAAGACAAUACCAAACAGGAAGCUUUGCCACGUUCGAUGAACUUACUCAGUAUGAUGAAGCUGCACAAUACGGAAUGGCUUGGUGA